GGAAACACUUGAAGAAAUACUGGUGGAAAGUAUAGAAAUGAGUAUUUAAUGUGGAGUUUCAGAAUUACUAUUCAGAAUUUAAAAACUGGAAAAGGGCCAAAGCAUGCAACUCUUGAGAGUAGUAGGAUUCUUCCGUGGAAAUAUUUUUCUACUGAGUACCAUAGUAGGGACAGGGAUUUUUGUGUCUCCUAAAGGGGUAUUAAAAUACUCUGCACUGAAUGUACCUGUCUCCCUGAGUAUCUGGGCUGCCUGUGGCCUGCUGAGUAUAAUCAGUGCUCUCUGUCAUGCAGAACUGGGUACUACCUUUCCUAAGAAUGGAGCAUCUUACUAUUUUCUCAAAAGAUCUCUUGGAUCUUGCAUUGCUUUCCUCAGUCUUUGGAUCAAACUUUUUGUCUUUUCUUUAGGAAUUGCUACUCAAGUCUUGUUAUUAGCUAGCUAUAUAAUUCAGCCUUUCUGUGCUGGAUGCCCAGUUCCAGAGAUAUCAAAGAAAUGUCUAGCGUUGGCUAUUUUGUGGUCAUUGGGGAUUCUAAAUUCUCAAGGAGUGCUAAAGGUGGCUUGGUUUGAGACUAUUAGUACUUUGAUAAAGAUGACAAUUCUUUGUUUUAUUUCUCUGACUGGGAUUGUACUUCUGAUAAUUGGAAAAAAGGAGAAUGUAGCUAGGUUUGAGAAUGCCUUGGACGCUGAAGUUCCUGACGGCCCACAGAUUGCUGAAGCCUUUCUCCAAGGACUUUAUGCAUAUUCUGGCUCAUCAAUCCUGAUCAACAUGGCAGGAGAGAUUAAAAACCCUGCUGAAAAUAUUCCCAAAUCUCUGAUUACCUCUCUUUCCAUGGUGACUGUGGUUUACCUACUGGUUAAUGUAUCCUACCUGGCAGUUUUGACCCCCAAAGAAAUCAUCUCUUCAGAUUCUGUGGCUGUCAUGUGGAUGGACAGAAUACUCCCCUCUAUGCAACAGGUCAUUUCUUUGGGGAUCUCAUCUUCAAUACUUGGCAACGGUUGUUGUAUAAUACUCAUGGCAUCGAGGAUAUUCUACACUGCAAGCCAAGAAGGACAACUGCCCUUGAUCUACUCUAUGCUUAACAAACACCUCUGUCCAGCUAUAGCUGUGACCCAGAUAGUACUUUUAUCUUCUGUUGUUAUUAUAUCUUCACAGUUAAUAAACAUAAUAAGCUAUGUGGGAGUAGCCUCAUGGUAUGUAACUGGACUGCAGAUGAUAGGUUUACUUAAACUAAGGUACCAGGACCCUAAUCUACCUCGACCUUAUAAGGUACGAUUGCCAUUUAUAUUUGGAACAAUAGCUAUAUCCUUGUUUCUGAUUUUCACACCAAUGAUUCGAUUUUCUAAAAUAGAGCAUAUCUUUCAGUUUGUUUUUAUUUUCAGUGGACUUUUGUGUUAUUGGCUCCAUGUCCAAUUUACCAAGCAUUCUGUGCAUUUUGACAAAAUCACUUGUUAUUUACAAUUACUGUUUAGUGUUUCACCGUCUGAAAACUCUGAUGAAUGUAUUUCAACAGAGAAAAAUGACCCUAAAAAAACCUACUUAUAAAUAAAAAACGGGAAAAUGUCCAUUUUAUUUUU